AUGGCGAGCCGAAUUAGCGGGCUGCUGCUCCUAGCAUGCCUGAUCGUUGCGCUAGUGGCGCUGGGCAGUCUUGGGAAUGCCGAGGCGGGGCUGACGAAGCGGUGGUCUAAGAAGUUCAAGGCCGCGCGAGUAAACCUUCCUCCUGCAAAGCUCUUUCCAAGGACGGACAAGAAGAACCGACUCGCACGAGCCACCAAGAGGUACGAGGGCGAGAUGGCAGGCCCGGAGAGCAUUGCAUGGGACCCUAACGGCAAGGGCCCGUACGUCAGCUUCAGCGACGGGCGAAUCAUGCGACGCACGGACGACGACAGCGCCUGGGAGGAGUUCACGUACGCGUCGCCGCUGCGAACUGCGGCGAAAUGUAACUCGAAGAAAACCAACCCCGAGCUGGAAACCACCUGCGGGCGGCCACUCGGCCUGGCGUUUCACCCCACUACCGGGGACCUCUAUUUCGCGGAUGGGUAUUUCGGCCUUUAUAAAGUCAGCUCCGCGGGAGGGCAGGCGACGAAGCUCGUCUCCGCACUCGACGGGAGAAAAUUCAUGAUGACGAAUGACCUAGAUAUUGACGUGGACGCGAAUGUCGUGUAUUUCACGGACGGCAGCUCGCGCUGGUACCGCCGCGAUUUCCUCCCACUCACGCUGGAAGGCCGGAAGGACGGGCGGUUCAUGAAGUACGACAUCGCGAGCGGCGUGACGACGGUGAUUGACGAAAAGGUGGCGUUCGCGAACGGCGUGGCUAUUUCGCAGGAUAAGACGUUUGUGGUGUACUGCGAAACGACCUUCCUCAGGUGCCACCGGUACUGGAUCCGAGGCCCAAACACAGGGAAAAAGGAGGUGUUUGUGAACUUGCCCGGGUACCCAGACAAUCUCAGUCUCAACCCCAGGGGAAGGUUCUGGAUCGCACUCAACUCGAGGAGGUCUCCCACAGCAACUGUUGCAUCUCAAACCCCUUUCAUCCGGGAGACAUUUGUGGAGAACAAGCUUGGGUACAAGAUUGUGAAGGCCACACAGGACCAGAGGGCCAGUGGCAUUGUGGUGGAGGUAGAUGCGGAUGGCAAAAUCACCAACUUGCUCGAGGACAAGAACGGGAAGGUGGUGAAGGAUGUGAGUGAGAUCGUGGAGCAUGAUGGGAAACUGUGGUCCAAGGAGCGGUGCCAGGCCAGCAGUACCACUAAUAGCAGCAUGGAGCCCAUCUGCGGGCGGCCUUUGGGUCUGCGCUUCCACCCAACCACGGGCGACCUGUACUUCGCAGACGCAUACUUUGGGCUGCACAGAGUAGGGCCGGGCGGGGGCAAGGCGGAGAGGCUGGUGGAUGUGGUGGAGGGGAAGCGGAUGCUGAUGACCAACGACCUUGAUGUUGACGCGGAUGGGAAGAAUGGCGUCGUUUAUUUCACAGAUGGGAGCACCCGGUGGCAAAGAAAGAGCCCCUAUGCGCGAUCCAUGCUUCUCAACGACCCAGUGGGGCUGCAGGCAGCCUACGUGGCAGCAGUGGGGCUGUCACACGGGAUUAUAGUGGAGGUUGACAAUAACGGGGUGAUAACAGACGUGCUGGAGGAUAAGCUUGGGCGGAACGUGGCGGCAGCGAGUGAGGUGGUGGAGAGGAAGGGGAAGCUGUGGAUAGGGUCUGUGAUGGUUGAUGACGUGGCGGUGCUGAGAUACUCUCCUCCGAACAACACUGCUUCAAACAAGAAAGCCUGA